CAGCGUGAAUCGUACGUUAAUCUAUUUCUUGUUCUAUAAGAGUGAUUUUAUUUGCUGAUCGCGAUGCCGGAAUCUGCAAAAUCGGCUCCUAAGAAAGGCUCGAAGAAGGCUGUGACCAAAACAGCUGGUAAAGGCGGUAAAAAGCGUAAGAAGACACGCAAAGAGAGCUACGCCAUCUAUGUGUACAAAGUGCUGAAGCAGGUUCACCCGGACACGGGCAUCUCUUCUAAGGCUAUGAGCAUCAUGAAUUCUUUCGUGAACGACAUUUUCGAGCGGAUUGCUGGCGAGUCGUCGCGUCUCGCGCACUAUAAUAAGCGGUCCACCAUCACGUCGCGUGAGAUACAGACUGCUGUGCGCCUGCUGCUUCCGGGAGAGCUCGCCAAACACGCCGUGUCCGAGGGCACCAAGGCUGUGACCAAGUACACCAGCUCCAAGUGAACACGAUUGAGUGGGAAAAUAGAAACAAAGGCUCUUUUAAGAGCCGCCCAGAUCAAAAUAAAGGAGCUUGUUUUCGUC